ACGAGCAUGUAUAUUGUGCUUGACCGCCUCGACAGCGCCGAUGACGUGCGGAUUCACGAGAUUAUGAACGAGCUGGCGCGGAUGGUGGGCAAGUCCCAAUGUUGCGUCAAGAUUGCAGUUGUGGUGGAGGAGUCACAGAUGGAAGGGACCUGGCGAGUACAAGAUGUGCCCAGCUAUUUGGCGUCGCCUAACCGGCUCUUUGACUUACAUAUGAAUCAGCGGCAGCUGUCUGAGGAAACGGAGAAAAGGCCACGCAUAUGGUCUGGGUUUGAAAACCCAUUGUUAAGUCGUUGAAAGGAGAAAAUAGGAAGGGAACCAGUCUUCAUGUAGAGACGAGGCCAGAACUACCACUAGUAAUGAAAUAUCAUCGACG